GAUAGGUAAUAAAAGAUGGCCCCACGUAAAGCCGGGAUCGGCAAUGCUGGGAUCCCGACGCUCGUAAUAUAUUUUAUAUUUCAACGGCGAGAUCUUCUCACCGACAACAUAAUUUCGGAAUUGGACCGCCAGACCGGGGGAACGUGUCCUGCACCUUGACUCCCUGCCAAUUGAUCCUCAAUUGACCAAAAUGAAGCCUUCAGGGAUUCUCGUCACAGCUAAGAGGGGCCUGCCAGCGCUCCGAGCGCCCUUAGGACGGCAACCCCGUUUCUUCACCCGAGCGGCGUCUUCCUCGGCUUCUGGGACAAACGCCUCGGCUGCGAUAACCACUUCACGAACUCACCCUCGACUACGUGCAUUAUCUAAUCGUCCUCCCCUCGCUGUUCAAAGCUGUCGAAGUUACGCUUCGGCACCGACAGCAGGAUCCAAAUCUCUAAGCAAGACAUCCCUUUACGAUCUCCAUGUCUCACACGGCGGUAAGAUCGUGCCCUUCGGCGGCUUCUACAUGCCGGUUCAGUACGCCGGGCUGAGCGUCACCGCUUCCCACCACUUCACGCGAAGCCACGCCUCGCUGUUCGAUGUCGGACACAUGGUCCAGCAUCGGUUCGAGGGUCCCGGCGCCAUUGCGUUUCUCCAACGAAUCACACCCGCCGGCCUCGAGGGUCUCGGCAUCAACUCGAGUACCCUCAGCGCACUAUUGGUCCCCAGUAUCGGCGGCAUCGUCGACGAUACCAUUAUAACAAAGCUCGGCGACACCUCUUUCUACGUCGUCACCAACGCCGGGUGCCGAGACAAAGACCUCGCAUAUCUAAGUGAGCAGUUAGGACAAUGGGAGAAAGAGGGCCGUCCGUCUGUCAACCACAAGGUCCUCCACGGGCAGGGCUUAGUCGCGCUGCAAGGCCCGCUUUCCGAGCAGAUCCUCGAACAGGUCCUAGCUAACCCCAAGGAAACCGAUCUCCACGGGCUGUUCUUCGGACAAUGCCGGUCCGUGACGCUGAAGCUCCAGGACGGGCGUGAGGUGUCCGACAUACUAGUCAGCAGAGGUGGAUAUACCGGCGAGGACGGGUUUGAGAUCUCCAUCCCCGAGGAACACACGGUCGCCGUCACCGAAACACUCCUGCAAUCCGCCGGCCCGGAGAAACUACAGCUGGCAGGCCUGGGCGCGCGCGAUAGCUUGCGUCUCGAGGCGGGCAUGUGUCUGUACGGGCACGACCUGAACGAAGACAUCACGCCUGUCGAGGGCGCGCUAAGCUGGAUCAUCGGCAAGGAGCGGCGCGGCGAGACGGACCUCUCAAAGGGCGCGUUCCACGGCGCCAGCGUCAUCCUCAGCCAACUAACGCCCAAGAGCAAAGGCGGAGCGGGCGUCGAGCGCCGGCGAAUCGGGCUAGUAGUCGAGGGAGCACCCGCACGGGAAGGCGCUGAGAUACAGGACGCAAAUGGCGCCAAGGUCGGUGUCGUGACUAGCGGGUGUCCGAGCCCAACGUUGGGCAAGAACAUCGCCAUGGGGUAUGUCAGGGAUGGCCUGCAUAAGGCGGGGACCGAGCUCGUCGUUAGCAUUCGUGGACGUCCGCGGAAGGCGGUUGUGACCAAGAUGCCGUUUGUGCCGAGUAAGUACUGGAGGGGGAUCGCUUAGGAGCCUGCCCAUGUUGUUGCCGUACUGCGUUUCGACAGUAUAUAAAGGUACGUACGUAGGUUACGGAAACCAAGACAGGCGUGUGUCUAUCUAUACAAUGCAAUAUAGGAUGGUGGGAGCGAAGAAUAUGGAUUGGUUGGUGGGUUGCAUUUUUGGGGCACUUUGAGACUUUCAACAAUCCAGGGGCGUCGGGGUACAUAAACUACUACUUGUAAUGCUUGCGUGUGCAUGACAUGGCAUGGCAUAGCAUAGCAUGGCAUGGCAUAACAUAGCAUAACAUUACAUUGCGCAUAGGUAGAUGAGAUAGAUACCCUCAACGAAGAUCUACGUUACGGUUACCGUUAUUCGACGGUUUUGUUCUGAUAAAUAAUACAAGUUAAAUUGGCUGGGCUAUACGGUUUGUCUGGCUUGUACAUAAGUGUAUAAGGUGUUGCUUUCACUAGAACAGCGAACAUAUCCGUAGAAGUAGAAGGUCGAGUUAUAGUUGUCAUGAAGAGAGAGAAGAAUAUAAAUACAGUUCUCGUGUAGAUGGUACAUAGCAUGUCGUGUGAUAUACCAAGAAAUAGAAUGGUUACUAUCCUCACUAUAAGGUAAACCUACUCAGUCUGUGCCGAACUGAACA